UUCCAUUCAAACCAAAGUCUGGGUUCUCCAAACUCAACAACUAGCCAACUAGUCACCCUCCUUUCCAUCCAUGCAGGACUCAUCCGAACCUCUAAAAAAAGUUCAGACCCAGAAAAUGUGAAUCUCUCAAUCAUACAUAUCGCUUUUUCUCUUCGAGAAAUGAGAACCAGAGAUAUGGGAAGUGAGAGGAAGCAGCACAAAAAAACCCGAAAAAUAAAUCCCAUCUGUUCCAACUUCAGCAAAGAGAUAGACCAGGGAGGAUACAAAGAGCAUCUGCAAGGAGCGUAGGAGGAAGAGAGGGAGUUGUUUUUGUUGUUGUUGUUGUUGGUAGUUGAGGGAAAGAAGGAAGGAGGAAGGUGGAAUUAAGAAGGGCCAUCCGAUCAUCUGCAGAAAUGGGAGUGGCUAAUAACAUAGGGAAGUACCAGCUGAGUAGGACGAUCGGAGAAGGUACUUUUGCCAAGGUUAAGUUGGCAGUGAACGCCGAGAAUGGCCAGUAUGUUGCCAUCAAGAUCAUCGACAAGCACAUGGUCAUGGAGAACAAUCUCAUCUUUCAGGUACAGAGAGAGAUAAGAACGAUGAAGCUUCUGCAUCAUCCCAACAUUGUUAGGAUACAUGAGGUCAUUGGCACCAAGACAAAGAUUUACAUAGUAAUGGAAUAUGUAUCAGGAGGACAGCUCUCAGACAAGAUGUCUUAUGUCAAGAAGCUAGACGAACAGGAUGCUAGAAAACAUUUCCAGCAGUUGAUUGAUGCAGUGGACUACUGCCAUGGCAGAGGGGUUUAUCAUAGAGAUCUAAAGCCAGAGAACUUGCUUUUGGACAGCAAAGGAAAUGUAAAAGUCUCGGAUUUUGGACUCAGUGCAUUGCGCAAGCCCGGAGAUGUGUUAUCCACAGCAUGCGGUUCGCCAUGCUAUGUAGCACCAGAGCUGCUUGCAAAUAGGGGCUACGAUGGAGCAGCUGCAGAUAUUUGGUCUUGCGGAGUAAUCCUUUUCGAGUUACUUGCUGGUUAUCUUCCAUUUGAUGAUCGCAAUUUGAUGAGCUUGUAUAAGAAGAUAACAAAAGCAGAGUACACAUGUCCAGAGUGGUUCACACCAAGCCAAACAAAGCUAAUCUCCAGGAUCCUUGACCCAAACCCUAGACGGCGAAUAUCAAUAGCAGAGAUUGUUGAAGAUGAGUGGUUUCAGAUUAACUACGAACCUGCUUCUGGAAUUGAAUUUGAUGACAAAAUCAACCUAGAUGAUGUUCAUGCUGCUUUCAAUUUGAUUGAGGAAAAUAACGCCGAAGCAAAGGUACCCCACUCAAGUUUCAUUAAUGCUUUCCAACUAAUAGCAAUGUCACAUGACCUCGAUUUGUCAGGUCUUUUUGAAGAGAAGGAUGACAACAAGCAGAAAGCAAGGUUUGGAUCCAAGCACACAAUUGAUGAAACUAUAAAGAAAAUUGAGGCUGCUGCAAAGGAUGUGAGCCUCUCAGUUGAAAGGAAGAACUCUAAGAUGAAGAUGCAUCCACAACAGAAGAUGACUAGAUGUUCUCGAUCAUAUUUCAACCUAUCAGCAGAGGUGAUUGAGGUAGCUCCCACUCAUUGUGUAGUAGAAAUAUCAAAAUCUGCAGGCGAGCUUGGUGUGUACAAAGAGUUCUGCACAAGCCUAUCAUGUCUGCUAAAAGACAAAUCGGGCAUUCCAUUAGAAGAAAAAGAUUCCAAUGAAGAUGUCGUUAACAGCAAAGAUAUUCAGGAAACUGAAUGCUCUGAAAAGAAGGAUGACAAGGACGACAAAGACAUCAAUGGCCAUUCUUCCUCUUGAUGAUUAGCCCACCUUUAUGCACACCACCUUCAACCCAGAUGUACCUGAAAGAUUUGAAAUAGACAGAAGAAAAGUAUAUCACAAAGAAAUCCAUACUAGCGAGAAUAUGCAAAACAUUGCACAUGGAUAAAGCUUGACACGUCUAAGUGCAGCUUCAAAAUCAUGUUGUUCAUAAAGCUUUUUGCUUGCUGUUUGCACCAAUAUUUUUAUUUUUUUUUCAAUUAUCAUUAUUCAGUAUUUCUGUAUUCAAAGGUGUAUGAUAGAAGUUGAGUUUUUCUUUACUAUUUGUUUAAGGUAUAUGAAACUUAAGGGAAUUCUUCAUCACCCCUGAUUGCCUAUCCACAUGUUACCUUCAUAUCCAAGCAAAAAAAUAACAGCAAAAUUUUGUA